UUCAGAUCGUUUGACUUUCUCAAUAAGUACCCUGAGUUCUUGUUCACGAAGGCCGUUCACGACGCUGCUAGAACGUGGAGGUCAGGAACAUCGUUAUACAGCUACAUGGCAUGUAUGAACCAACACAUCGAUGACGUAACAGGUGACGUUUCCUGUGAACGGUGCUUCUAUAUAUUUCUGGAGCUUGAAUAUGACUCUACCUUAUCAGACGAAGACAAAGAAAAGGUUGACGUUGCAUUACAAUCCCACUUUGAGUUCUACCACGAAAUCCGCUCCACGAGUGUGUUUGUCGACCCCGUACGGAUCCAGGUGAAGUCCGGGACGCUUGAUGUCAUCAAACAGGUCAACUGUGACCUCAACUCAAAGGCUGCAGUACAACAGUACAAGUACCCGAAGUUUACGACGAAACCCGAAUUGAUACGAAUCCUGUUGGCAAACAAGUUGUGAGUGUUAAUUGUGGCAAGAUUCAUUUUCCCAAGAAUGGAGAAACAAUGGACUCUUUUAGUACUUGGCGUCCUAAGGAACCAUAGACUAACUUCCAUGAAUCUCUUUGGGAAACAUUUUGUGAAGGUUAAAUGGUGGUUACAUUCUUGUUGGGUGUAUUUUU